CUUGGUGGUGGAUAUCUGUUUGGAUUGCUGAUAGGCUUUUUUGCUGAUUCAAUUGGAUCAACACUUGGUUCUGUAGCUGCAUUUUUACUUGGUAGAACGUUAGGAAGGUCUUAUGUUGUCUCCAAGUUGAAUGAUUAUCCAGAGUUUCAGGCUGUUGCUGCUGCAAUUCAGAAAUCUGGAUUUAAGAUUGUAUUGCUGCUUAGGCUUGCGCCUUUACUUCCAUUUAGCAUGUUGAACUACUUCCUAGCUGUGAUGCCUAUUGGCAUCAGGGAAUACACCAUGGCGUCCUGGCUUGGAAUGAUGGUAUCCUUAUUUAAUCUUUUCCAUGCAAUGAUUGAAGAUACUAAUUGAUAAUGUUAUCCAAAGUUGUUUUUUCCUUUUUUGGAGUUUGUUACACACUCAUUCCCAUUUGCUUGCUUGACUAUC